UUAAUUGGCACUAUUAGUAAACAAAGACAUCACCCACACAGUCGGUACGAGUGGUCUGUAGUUGUAGAGACGGCAAAAUUAUCAUACUUUAAGAUAUUGACAUAUGCACAUCAACUCAGUAUUAGCUGGAUUAGGAUACACGGAAUUUCUGAAUAUGAGUGAUGACAAACCUUUCCUAUGUACUGCUCCUGGGUGUGGUCAGCGCUUCACCAAUGAGGAUCAUCUGGCUGUCCACAAACAUAAACAUGAGAUGACCCUGAAGUUUGGUCCAGCAAGGAAUGACAGUGUCAUAGUUGCUGACCAAACUCCAACCCCAACUCGCUUUCUGAAGAACUGUGAAGAAGUGGGUCUGUUCAAUGAGCUUGCAAGCCCUUUCGAGCACGACUUCAAAAAAGCAGAGGAUGAUAUCAAAAAGUUACCUUUGGAUUUAUCGCCUCUUGCUACACCCAUCCGCAACAAAACUGAGGAACAGUCAUCCCUAGAGGCACAUCGAGACAGUCCAUUGCCACAUCCUGAAUCAACGACAAAUGAUGACAAGGAGGUUUCUUUGCAGCCCACCUCACUGCCAGCAUCCACUAUAGUCCGUCCUGCAUCCCUUCAAGUCCCAAAUGUACUUCUUGCGACCUCAGAUGCUAGUGUUGUAAUACAGCAAGCCCUCCCAUCGCCAACGUCUAGCUCUGUUAUUACUCAAGUCCCAUCCUCUAAUAGGCCAAUAGUUCCCGUGUCUGGCACUUUCCCUGUACUCUUACAGCUCCCCAAUGGGCAGACAAUGCCAGUCGCCAUCCCAGCAUCCAUUGCAAACCCAAGUGUACAUAUUCCAACUGCCAUCCCUCUUGUCAGACCCGUCACCGUAGUGCCUAACGUCCCCGGGAUCCCAGGACCCUCCUCUCCUCCGCAACCCGUCCAAUCAGAAGCUAAGAUGAAGCUGAAAGCGGCCCUCAGCCAGCAGCUCCCUCAGGUAACCAAUGGCGAGGCGGCUAGUGGCGGUGGUGAUGUCCCAAGCAGCGUGGUGGCGAGUCACUCACCUCCUCCAGCUCCUCCACCCCCAGCACCACCAGAGGAGCCCUGUCCACCUCAGACCCUUCAGCAGCCCGCCACCUCCACCACAGAGACUCCCGCCUCUCCGGCGCCUCCCGCCCAGCACACACCCAGCACAGGCGGCCGCCGGCGCCGCGCCACCACCGAGGACCCCGACGAGAAGCGCCGCAAGUUCCUGGAGCGCAACCGCGCCGCCGCCUCGCGCUGCCGGCAGAAGAGGAAAGUGUGGGUGCAGUCGCUGGAGAAGAAGGCCGAGGACCUGAGCUCCAUGAACGGCCAGCUGCAGAAUGAAGUCACCCUGCUGAGAAAUGAAGUGGCUCACUUGAAGCAGCUCCUCCUGGCUCAUAAAGAUUGCCCUGUAACCGUCAUGCAGAAGAAGUCUGGCUAUCACUCUGCGGAGAAGGAGGACAGCUGUGAGGACAUGUCCGUGCCCGGCAGCCCCCAGAACGAAGCCAUCCAGCACAGUUCCGUCAGCACGUCCAAUGGGGUGAGCACCUUGGCCACUGCUGCCGCCCCCGGGCCCCUCCCUGGCCCCACCCCCGCCCCUGCAGACCAGAGCACAGAGGAGCCCCAGCCACAGGUGACCGGCGGCCCCAGCACCCCGACGCAGCCCUCAGGGAGCUGAUCACUCGGACAUCACCCAGCACCCCGACGCAGCCCUCAGGGAGCUGAUCACUCGGACAUCACCCAGUGUUUCCCCAGCAGUCCUGCAGAGCUGAGGGGACAGGACACACCCCCUCUUCCUCCUCCUCCUCCUCCUCCUCAUCUUCCUCCUCCUCCUCCUCCUCCUCGACUCGUCAGUCUGGAGAAUAGUUGUGUUUUCUUUUUCCUUUGUUGUUUAUCACCCCCCCCCCUCAUCUCUCCUCCUUUUAUUAUGUAUGAUUUCGUGACAAAAAAAAAAAACAAGCAAACAAAUGCAUUUUAAGGAGAGUUGGUAAAGGUGCAGAGAGGGAAGGCACUUUACAGAUUGUGUGUAGUUGGAACUGAUUGUUGUUUCCGUUGACUCUAUUUAUUAUGCUAUUUCUACAUGUGCAUAUCUCUUUAAAGCACAGAACUCCUGAGAAGCUGGACGGGUUCUGGGUUUGUUGUGACGACCGAAUCAGUGUGUGUUGAUGACGAGACCCUCUUAACCAAAGUGUGUUGUCAAGUCAUUUCAUUUUCUGUUCUGUUUAUUUGUGUGUUUAUUUGCUUUCCUCAUUAAAAUUGUUUAUUUUUUUGUUUUCUUUAAAGUCAUCUCUCCUGAGUACUAUCUGAAGGUUUAAAGACAUAAGGAGCAGUCACUUUUUAUUUCUUUGCCUUUGUUUCAUUUUGCACACAAUGAGAGAUAAAUCUUUUGUUUACCUUCUUAGUGUUUUACUGUUCACACAAUAAGUACUGGCAGCUUUUAGACAUAGAUUUGAUUACUUGUCUUGUUCUAAACUUAAGUGGUGGAAUUUGAACUUACAUUUUAGAUAUUUUUAUUUUUUUGUUGUGAGUGGGUAGUUUGGCUACUCCGAGUGGCAUAACUGUGGUUUGAAUGUUUGAAAGUGACCUCCACAUGUAAACAUUUGUCUUAAGGAGGGGCUUUUUGGGUAGAAAUUUCCGUGUUCAAGCGCAGUGCUUUGACCAACAUUCCAUGUGUAGAUUGUUGCAGAGGCAGUGAUUGUAGGACUAUAUUACACUCUUCAUCUUUCUCGCUUCUCCUUGAUGUGCCAUUAAUGUGCCAUUAUCUUUUCACCGAGGUUGAUUUGUAUCUUAAGGGUUAGCAAAACAGCUCUAUACUAUUGUUUUGUUUUUUUUCUUUUUGAGGAUUUUCAUGUACAUAGUUAUUUGGAAUAGGUCAUAAUCAUGAAUUCCCUCAAUAAUAUUUCCGCUUACUGACAAGUGACUGUCUGAUGCUUUGGUGUGUGACUUUGUUGGAACACAUUGAAAGAAAACAUUGCUCUUUCUUGCUCACUUUUGUUGUUUAAAAAAAGACAAAAAAAGGCAUCUUUGGAAACAUUGUAAAUGGCAUCAUUAAUGAUACAUUGUAUGUGCUCCUUCCAGAUGUUAUGUACAUGGGUUGUAUUUGCUUCUUAAGAUUAAGCGUUAUUCUUUUUAUGAAGUGGAACAGCAAAUCACUUGAAGACUUGUUCCUGUACGGUUGUCUCACCUCCGGAAUCAUUGGUUUGUUUGUCCCUUGAAGAUGUUCAGAAAUAUUUGAAAAGUGAACAUGACGAGACGCUGCUCUACCAAUGUUAGGAGAAAAAAAAAACAUUAAAGAAACAUGUAUGUUAACAUCCACUAAGUACUGCAAUUAAGCAUAGUGACAAUUAUGAAUUAAGUGUAGGUUCCAAGGCAUAGCAUCAUUCUCUUUGAAAUCCACUUGCCUUCUCUUUAAAGAUGCAUUGGCUUACUACUGUGUAGUUCUACAAGACAAUAAUACAUUGUUUCUCCUUUUAGAUAUUCUCUGUUUGGACUUGUUUUUUUGUUUUUUUUUAUUAGUUCAACAAAAUAAUUUGUACUGUUACUGUUAUGUGCUUAUCUGCAUGACUAAAGGGUUCUCUGAGAGAAUCAGACCAAUAUUUAAAAUCAUGUCUCAGAUAUUUGCAGUUGAACUUGGCGCCUCACCUUCCGCUGGAGCCAGGGUGUUCCUGAUAUAUGAAGGGUCCUUGACUUUGUUAAGCCCUGGCUCAACUACAUGCAACAGGAUGUGAUAUUGUGUUGGCAGUAAACUUGUAACUUGUGAAAGUUAUGUAUAAAGUACCAUAAAUUAAUAAAAUGUUGUAAUAAAUCUUUUAAUUUCUCUUUAAAA